GGCCCCGCGGCAGCCGCGGCCCCGCAGCCCCCCCGCCCGUGCAGGCGCGGAGCCGGCGGCGCUCGGCGGCGAGCGGGGCGGCGGGCAGCGCCAUGCGGGCUGCCGCCUGCCUCCUCUGCCUGGCGCUCGGCGCCCUGGCAGCGGCCGCAGGAGGCGCCGGGCCGGCGGCAGCGGCAGCGGGGCGGCGGGGCGAGAGCCCCUUCGCGGAGCGAGAGAGCAUCAGGCCCCUGCGGCUGGUCUCCGGCGAGGGCGGCGGCGGGGCGCGCUGGCCGGCGCUGAGCACGCGGGUGCGGAGCGAGGCGGCGCGGGCACAGUCUACCCACAUUGCUCGAGCCAGCUUCCAGGUUGAUGCUUUUGGAUCAUCUUUCAUCUUAGAUGUGACACUAAACCAUGACCUGCUGUCUUCUGAAUAUCUUGAGAGGCAUAUUGAGCAAGGUGGGAAGACAGUGGAAGUUAAAGGAGGAGAACAUUGCUAUUAUCAGGGAAAAAUUCGAGGAAAUUCUGUAUCAUUUGUUGCCUUGUCAACAUGCCAUGGAUUACAUGGGAUGUUCUAUGAUGGAAAUCAUACUUACCUUAUUGAACCAGAUGAAAACUACACUUCAGAUGACGACUUCCAUUUCCACUCUGUUUACAAAUCCAAGUUGUUUGAAUUUCCUUCAGUCGACCUGCCAUCUGAGUUCUGGCAGACGAAUACUACAUCACAGAAUUUUGUUGUAAGGCCAAGACACAAAAGAAGGAAAAGGCAGGUUCGUCAGAUUCCACGUAAAGUUGAAGAGGAAACAAAAUACAUUGAGUUGAUGAUUGUAAAUGAUCAUCUAAUGUGUAAAAAGCACCGCUUGUCAGUCGGCCAUACCAACAGCUAUGCCAAAUCCGUUGUGAACAUGGCUGAUUUGAUAUAUAAAGAGCAACUUAACACGAGGAUAGUAUUGGUUGCCAUGGAAACCUGGGCUACUGAUAACAAGUUCACCAUAUCUGAAAACCCCUUGGUGACUCUACGUGAGUUUAUGAAAUAUAGGAGGGAUUUUAUCAGAGAGAAAAGUGACGCAGUUCACCUUUUUUCGGGGAGUCGAUUUCAGAGCAGUCGAAGUGGUGUAGCCCACACUGGUGGAAUCUGCUCCUUGCUUAAAGGCGGAGGUGUGAAUGAGUUUGGAAAGCCAGACUUAAUGGCAGUUACCCUGGCACAGACCUUGGCCCAAAACAUUGGCAUUUUCUCAGACAGAAGAAAACUUCUAAGUGGUGAAUGUAAAUGUGAGGACAUGUGGUCUGGAUGCAUAAUGGGAGAUAUGGGGUACUAUCUUCCAAGCAAGUUCUCUGAGUGUGAUAUUGAAGAGUAUCAUGAAUUUUUAAACAAUGGAGGUGGAGCUUGCCUUUUCAAUAAACCAACCAAACUUCUGGAUCCUCCAGAAUGUGGCAAUGGCUUUGUGGAAGAUGGAGAGGAAUGUGACUGUGGGACAAUAGCGGAGUGUGCCAGUGAAGGAGGAGAGUGCUGCAAUACCUGCACCCUGACCGCGGGCUCCCAGUGCAGCAACGGGCUCUGCUGUCGGAAGUGCCGGUUUGAACCUAAAGGAGUUUUGUGUCGAGAAGCAGUGAAUGAUUGUGAUAUUGCAGAGAACUGCACAGGAAAUUCCAGCCAGUGUUCUCCUAAUAUUCAUAAAAUGGAUGGAUAUUCAUGUGAUAACAGACAGGGUAUUUGCUUUGGAGGAAGAUGUAAAACCAGGGAUCGGCAAUGUAAAUAUAUCUGGGGUGAAAAAGUGACAGCUGCUGACAGGUACUGCUAUGAGAAACUGAAUAUUGAGGGGACUGAGAAAGGAAACUGUGGAAGAGACAAGGACUCUUGGAUACAGUGCAAUAAACAGGAUGUGCUUUGUGGAUACCUUCUGUGCUCCAAUAUAUCCAGCAUACCCAGACUUGGAGAACUUGAUGGUGAAAUCACAACAUCAAUCUUGCACUAUGGAAAAGUCUACAAUUGCAGUGGUGGCCACGUGAAGCUGGAUGAGGACACGGACCUGGGCUAUGUGGAGAACGGGACGCCGUGCGGGCCGGACAUGGUGUGCCUUGACCAUCGCUGCCUCCCCGCUGAGGCUUUCAACUUCAGCACCUGCCCCGGCACCACCGACAGCCAGAUCUGCUCCGGACACGGGGUUUGUAGCAAUGAAAUAAAAUGUGUCUGUGACCGAUUCUGGGGAGGAGAUGACUGCAGUUCUCACAUCAAAGACGAUCUAUUUUUUGAUAAGGAUGCCAUCAAUAAAGGUGUGGUUAGCACAAAUAUAAUAAUAGGGGCUAUUGCUGGCACCAUUUUAGUGUUGGCUCUCGUUUUAGGAAUAACUGGUUGGGGUUACAAAAACUACAGAAGACAGAGACAAAUACCCCAGGGAGAUUAUGUAAAAAAGCCGGGAGAGGCCGACUCUUUUUAUAGCGACAUGCCUCCUGGAGUCAGCACAAACUCUGCAUCUAGUUCUAAGAAGAGGUCAAAUGGAUUAUCUCAUUCCUGGAGUGAAAGGAUCCCAGACACAAAACAUAUUUCAGACAUUUGUGAAAAUGGGAGGCCUAGGAGUAAUUCUUGGCAAGGUAAUAUAGGAGGAAACAGAAAGAAAGUCAGAGGCAAAAGAUUUAGGCCACGGUCUAAUUCAACUGACCGGGUAACCCAUGCAUCUGAGCCUGGGCUUUCUCUCGCCCACCAAAUCUCUGCCCAAGGCAUAAGCCCAGGGGGUUCUGACCACCCCCAAACAGGGAGUCGGGAUCACAGGUAUUUAAACCCAUGGUUCAAAAGAGAAUAUAAUGUAGCUAAGUGGGUAGAAGAUGUGAAUAAAAACACAGAAGGACCAUACUUUAGGACACUGUCUCCUGCAAAGUCUCCGUCUUCAUCCACUGGAUCUAUUGCUUCCAGCAGAAAAUACCCUUACCCGAUGCCACCACUUCCUGAUGAAGAGAAAAAAGUCAACAGGCAAAGUGCCAGGCUAUGGGAGACAUCCAUCUAGCUGCAGUGUUUUCCUGGGGUCACAUCAGAACUGUUUACUUUGGAUUUUAUAGAAACUCAGCAUCACUGAGUCACUGCACAUUCAUCUGCUCUUCAGACAAUUCGAAAGACCAAGAGACGUGCCCGUGAUAUCGCAGUGAUAACCUCCUGUCAUGUGGAAAGGAAAAAAACAGUAUUUUUUUUUUCUUUCUUUUUUGUUGACUUGUAUUUUAUGGAUAUGAUGCACAACCAAAAUCAUAGCAUUUGACAGAGAAUAAUUAGCCCAGAUGUGACAAGGCUGUUCCACAUGGUGACCUAGAAUCCCAACUGCAGUCCAUUUGCCACUCCUGUGUAAGAGAGGUGUUUCUCUGGUUUAUUGCACUCCUGAGUCAGACCAGAGUGGAACUGGGAACGUGCCUCAUGGAGAGCCCAGCUGAUGUAAACUUGUAUGCUGUAUGCAUGAACCUUGUGUUCUUUACUUUCCACAUGUAAGGGAAAAACAACAUACUGUAGUAGAGAUUAGCAUGCAGGAGUAAGAAAUAUAGGAUUUUUUUUUUUGUGACAGGAUUUCAAGCUUUGAAAAGCAACUAUUUGACACAAAUGGCAAACAAACAAAGAUUAUAUCUUUUUUUUUUACCUUACGUGUUUAUAAUCUCAGUAUACAGAUUGUAUAUAUGUAAACAUUCAAUAAUGUUAAAAAUAGCUGUUAUACGUAUGUGUAUUUUGCCAAAUGCCUAAAGAAACAGUCAUGACUAACAUCAUCACACUUCAGAUUUUCUAAUGUUAUGAGCAGACAUCCUUGGAAAUACAGAAAGUACAGUACUGUAAAACUGUCUCUCAGAAACUGGUGUUUGACCAAAACCUAUACAACUUUUUCAGCAUCUUAUACUGUCGUGACAAUCUCAGUUGUACAGCAGACUGUGGAAACCAGUACAGCAGCACUUUGUCUUAAAUCAUCAUAAAAUAAACCAGCCAAAAUUCAUUGUUUAGUUGGAUAACCACUGUAUCCUCUCACAGGUGUAAUCAAGAAUGAUUCAGCAGACAACAGUCUUUAAGUCAUGUGCAGCUCAAACUUACUGGACAUUUGGGAAUACUUCUAAGUAGUCAGUUCAGGAUGUGGUGAUGUGAUGUCUGUCUGUGAGAGUUGCUGUGUAUUUUUGAUAGAGAAUUUCAGACACUGUUUUAGAUGGCAAGGCAUAGGCUUAUGAGAAGCAUAACAAUAUCACUGCACUAGAUAAUAACAGUGCUGGGCAAGUGGCCAGUUUCAUUGCUGUCUUUCAACUUUUAUUUGUUACUGGAACCGCAUUUACCAUGCACUUGAAUGCUAUGCUUACUGCCCCUGAAGCCCCCUUGACAAUUUUUUGGGGCAUAAACUGAGCACAAAUUAAUUUAGCUUAAAAAGAAUGGGGUGGGGGGGAACAACUCUUUACCAUGUUAAUCUUGUCUGUUAGUUGAUGGUUGUAUUUCUAACACCUGAGACUUCUAAAGGUUGUUGUAAAGCAAAUGCCUUCUGGUUGGGAAUUUUCAGUUAGUGAGAAACUGGACCAUAUUAAAUCAGUUUAUAAUUCUCUAGUUUUCCAAAACCGACUCUGUGGUGCAGUUGAAUACCCUACCCAACAACUGUAUGAUUAAUUAGAUAUUAUUGUAAUGGGAACAUCUAUGGUGUUUCUGAAUCUUCUACCUCUUUCAUGUAUUUCCUUUAGUGAGUGAAUCCAACACUUGCAGCCUUUUAAUGUAUUUUUUUAACUUUUAUGUCUCUCAAUAAAGUCAGAUAUAUGUAAGAUUAAAUUAAGAAAUGUUUAAAGAUGUUGGCAGCUGUAAAAUAUGUAAGAUUUUUAGAAGCACUAUAUUUUAUGAUUAGGCUGUAUGUUGGAUUAUGACAAAAUAUUGGCCUUGGAAUUGAAAUGAUUUUCUCACAGUCAACAGGUUCUGGUAAGUAUUUGGAAAAAGACAAAUAUCAGUGAGCACAAGUGGGUGCAGACUGACCAUCUGGAAAGAGACAGUCACUUGUAACUGCUUUAGGGAAAGAUUCUGCAUUUUUGUGAAAGGUAAAUAUAUCAAUCAGCACUGAAGAAUAUUUUUUGCAAAGAUUUACUUUGAGUGUAGCUAUAUGGAUUAAAGAUAGCAUGUAGCUUAUGAAAUUAGGGUCUGAGCCAUAACUUGAAAUCAAUAUGUCUUUUGUUGAUUUCACUGGACUUUGAGCAGGACCCUCAAGAGGUUCACCCACAUUAGGACAUUAUGAUAACUCAAUCAUUGCUGUAUUACUCUGUCACCUGGAAGCUGGUUUACCCUCCCAUAUUCAUAUUUUGUCUUUAGUAACUGGACUGUUCAUCAUGUGCCUUUUAUGGUAUUUUUUUGGAUACAAACUGGUGUGUAGUUUUGAAUGAUCCCAUUAGAUUUCUGUGCAUAUCUUAUGUUUACCACUGUUUACUCCUCCCUUUCCAUUUUGCCUUACCAAGAAGCAGCAAGAUUUGGCAGACAGAACUGGACAUAACAUACAGGCUCUUUCUGCUAUGUUCAUAGCUUCUUGUUUUGCAAACAAAUAGCCCUCCUGACUGUAUUUUCAAUGUAGUAUGUACUUCCAGCUUCUUUUGUUUUGGUACCAUUCAUUUGUUGCAUAUGAUGAUACACGUAUGUGUGUAGUGUACCUUUAACAGUCACCCUCACAUUUGGAGAUAUGUAGUGACUGGAAGUCUAGUUCUGGGCACUACGUUUAAGUUAAAUAAGUGUUGACUUUCACUUUGGUGGUCUAGCAUGAGAAUACCACAUGACUUGUGUUCUUGCAAAAUUCUUCUGCAGAGAACUUUGCAUCAGGUUGGUAACUUGGGAGACCUGAACUGUCAGGGCUGUGUGAGCCUCCCAAGCCAGUGGAGGUUGGACAGAGAAGUUGUUUGCUUACAAAGCUGUCAUUUCUUACUUUUAAAAUGUAGUAUGUUGGAAAGCUGCCAGAUUAAUAACCUUGAAGAUUGCAAAUAUUUUUAUCCACUGUAGUUAGUUACGUUGGCAAUAACAAUAUAAACUGCUGCAUAAUACCUCAUCCAGACUAAAAUAGAGUACUUGUCACUAAUAUAGCUCAGUUAUUUUGACUCAUUGAGACUCAUGCUUUUAUUUUGGUUUUAUUUUUAUAAAUGAACUAGUUUUUGCCAACUAUGCUGUAGAUGCCUGUUGAAGUGAGGAAGCUAUCAGUUCUCAACUAGAAGUAAUUGUUUAUAUGAACAUAGGGCCAUCAGGAUGAGAUAUACUUAAGUUACCCUUAUGUAUUUCAAUGUGGGAGAAGAAUCUUGUGUAAUUUAUAAUAAAAUCAUUGUGACUAACUGAUGGAGACUGGAAAAUUGAGAUUAUAUCUAAAAAUAAUGCUGCACAAUGAUGCCACAGUUUAACAAGUAAAGAUUUACCUACUAAUUCUGGAUUUGUUAACUUAAGAACUUUAUUAAUGUCAGGCAAUAUACCAGAGAUGGUUGUGACUUAUAAUUUACAUAUAGUUUUGUUAUAUUUAAGUAAGUAGAUUCAAGAAGAUUAUUAAUUUUAUACAGCCUAUCUUUGCUUAAAUUGUGACUAAAGUCACAGCUUGCCAGUCACCUGAAGUGUGACUUGGCUUGGAAGAUGGCUUCUUCCAAAUGAUUUAAAGAGUUCCUGAUCUGUGAGAUGUUGAACCUGCUGAGCUCAUGUGCUCAUGAAAUAAUUCUGAUUGUGCUAUUGAACAAGUGAACCUUUGAAGUAUAGCCUGAAUUAAAAUCAGAAAGAAAUUGUGUCAAUAGUUAGUGUACUGAAAUCCUCUUACUCAAAUCCCUAUUGCUUUGAACUAAUAGGUCUUGUCAAUGCUAAUUCAACAACUGAAAACCAGAGGUAAGAAUGGCUACAUGCACUAUUAUAGACAUGCAUAUGCUACAAAUUCUGACCAAAUUUGCUGUAAGUUCAUUAAUGAAUUUAUUAAUAAAUAGAAUGUAAUGUGAAAGAAGCAUGGGACGCCAUAAUAAUAAAGGAUAUACUCUUCAGUUAGCCCUUAGGACUUGCUCUGACAUCGAAUCCCAUAGCUAGCUGUAAGCAAAGUUAUCAUACUCCAGUGUAAAACUCAGUGAGCUCCUGUUCUCUUCCAUCUCCUUUUCACUUCCACUGAAAAGAAUUUUCAUGAAACAUUCAUCCACUAACAGCCUCUGUGAGUUGGCUGACAUCAGAAAGCUUCUUAGUUGAUCACCUUUCCACACUACGGAUAGGGUCUUUCCAAUACUGUUAAUGAUAGUAGGUCAAAUGAGGUAUUAGAAAGAAAUUCUUUACUGUAAGGGUGGUGGGACAAUGGCACAGGUUUCUCAGAGGACCUGUGGAUGCUUCAUCCCUGGAAGUGUUCAAGACCAGGUUGGAUGGGGUUCUGAACAGCCUGGUCUAGUGGAAAGUCCUGCCCAUGGCAGGGAGGUUGGGACGAGAUGAUCUUUAUUGUCCCUUCCAAUCCAGACCAUUUAAUUAUCCUGUGAUCUUUUGCUUGUGCUAUAAUCAGGUGAUGAUGCCUCAUGUCUUGUGGAUUUUGCACUGAUUUUGCUUGGGGAUGAGUUAAUUUUCUUCAUUGUAGCUGGUAUGAGGCUGUGGUUUGGAUUUGUGCUGAAAACACUGUAGAUAAUGCAAAGAUUUUUCCAGUUAUUGCUGAGCAGCGCUUGCAAUGAGCCAAGGCCUUUCCUGCUCUUCACAUGCCCUGUCAGCAACUGGGCUUGGGGUGCACAAGGAGUUGGGAGGGGACACAGCCUGGACAGCAGACCCAAGGGAUAUCCUAAACCAUAUGAUGCCAUGCUCAGCAGCAAUCCAAGGGGAAGGCUGGCAGUGAAGAACUGCAGCUCAGGGACUGGCUGAGCACUGGUCUACUGAGCAAUUGUUUUCAUUUGCAUCAUUCGGGGUUUUUUUUGGGUUUUAGCUCUCUCUCUGUUAAUUUCCUUUUAAUUAUUUUUUUUUAUUAUUACUACAGUUAUUUAAUUUUAAUUAUUUAACUGUUCUUAUGUCAACCCAUAAGUGUUUUCACUUUUACCUUUACAAUUCUCUUGCCAUCCCACUGGGGGUGGGGACUGAGCAAGCGGCUGUUUUGGGCCUUAGUUACUUGUGGUUAAACCAGAAUACUACUGGUAAAAUCACUUGAUGACUCAGCCAUCCUGUGUCUCUCUCACCUCUAGCAUUUUUGAAGGCUAAGCCUCUUAAAUCACUAAGUCUGUGAACCUAACAGUUGAGCUGUUUCUCGUUUCUCUUGCUCCAAGUCUGAAAAUCCCAUGUUUCUUUCUCUAAAUUGAGUGUCUGUGUCAUGGGAUAACAGUGGACUGUAUGGACCACUGUUUUUAACUACAAUAUGAUGUUAUUUGCCUCUUUUUUGAAGAGCUUGAGCAUUUCAGUCUCCACUGAAAUACCAAGAAUAGAUGAGCUGAUGAGCCACUAUUUGCAUGGCUUCCAAAUCUUAUGUAUCAGCAAUAUGGGAUUUGACUUGGAUCACAUUUGAUGUGCUCAGCUGGUCGGAGCUCGGUGUUAAUAAUUCCAAGGUCACAGGUUCAAUCCCCCUAUGGGCCAUUCCCUUAAGAGUUAGACCGGAUUAUCCUUGUGGGUCCCUUACCCAGAAUAUUCUGUGAUUCCUGAAGACAAACUGCAAAAAUAUGUGCAGGCUGUGAUCUCAUGACUGGACAGUGGAGUGAGGUUCCUGUGUGCACAUAACUAUUAUCCUAAUAAGGCAAGAAAAAAAUAAAACAGUGAAACUAAUUGUGUAAACAUAGCUGCAAUACAGACAGGACUCUCUUAAGUGUGAUUUUGUCAGAAACAAGAAAGGAAGUAAUAGUUUCUGUCGUCUAUGCUAAAAUCUCCUCUGACAUGAGUAGUUUCUAAGUCAGCUUAUGAAAACCAUUUCUGGUGUCUCAAGUAUGGAUGCUGAUGUAAAUUGCAGCUCUGGAAACUUGUGCACACGGUAACUUGUCAUUCCACAACAGUUUUCUGCAAGUAUUUAGAGAAAAGCACUACAACAGUCAACAUUCCUAUGUUAUCUCACACAAGUAAGAAAAACAAGCAGUAAAAAUAAGUUUGGAACACAGAUAUUGCUCACAUUUGAGAUAAUGUACCUGGCUUCAAACUUGGCACACAUAGCCAGAUCUGGCAGUUCUAGCUCUUUAAAAUCCAGUCUAUACCAGUUUCAAAAUCACUUCAGCUAAACCAGCUUUAAACUGUUUAAAAACUUCUGCUACUUAAGAGGGGCCAUAAUUGCCAUAUAACUCAGAAUGAGAUGAGGAAAAUUUGGGAAAAUAAGCACAGAGCAGUUAAAAAGAAAUGCGUUAUCUAGGGGAGAAGUAAAGGUGUCAACACAGUUUUUAAUUACUAGAGCAUAAAAUGUCAAAGCAACAAUCUUUUAUUUUUCUGUUUCUGUAUUCCUCUGAAUAAAAAGAUAAAGCUUUUGUUUUAAAAAAUAUGAACAUGAGGCCUUAAGACCUUAUAUACUCUAACUUUAGCAUGAAGAGUCUAUUUUUACAACCAUGUUAGAAAUUCUGUAUAUAGGCCUGACUGACCUUGUAAGUGGAGUGGUGCGAGCAGCUAAUCAUGUAAUAUUGUAAGGCUCUGUAGAACAGCAAAUGCUCAUUUAGUUUGAUUAUUGUUACAAGAACUCCUGCUCACUGCCUCUGUAGACUCUGCAUACUUUACGCUUGGAAAUACAGUCCAGAACAUACUCAAACUGUGAAUAUAUAACCUAAUUUUUCUUUUCUUAAGGAUAAAAAUAUAUUAAAAUAGGUAAUGUUUUAUAUAGAAUACAGUACUUAUUUUUAUUGUUGCAUAAAUGCAAAAUAUUUUUUUCAGAAUAGCAAAGCAUUACAGAAUUUUUAAUCUGCUGGACAAAACACUAUUUACUGUAUGACCAGUUCUUUCAGCAAAGCUUUUGGGGUCGUAUAUACCAAUUGGCUCUGCCAGCUUCAUUUUGUGCUGAUGUUUAACUUGGGCAUUGCUGUAAAAAAAAACAACCCUAUUUUUUCACUCAUACUAGCCAUUAUUGAAAGAGGCAAGGAGAAUCAUGUUUCACCACUGUGGCUGGGCUAGUAUUGGCAAAAACAAUGAUUUGCAUCAUAUCAUUGUCUUUGCUACUUAAAAUUCCUUAAAAAUCAUACCUGAUGUAAUAAAAGCGCAAGAUUUUGACAAACAUCAAAAUGAAGCACUGCAGUUUACAACUUUCUAGCUUUGAGUGUGAUAUUUUUGUCAUAAACAUUACAGGCAUUGGGCUGUUUAAUGAAUCUGGCUUUCAUGUAGCUAAACAAAACAUUGCUUUUUAUAAAAUCAAAUCAUUGUAAUUUGGGGUUCUAAAAUCCUGCUCACUUUUAAUAAUAACAGCGUCACAGUAUCCACUUCUACAAGAGUAUUUAAUACAAAUGCCUGUGGUUUUCAAUGUUACUGACAUAUUGUAACAUCAGUAAAGUGACUUUCAAUGACAAA